ACAAGCUUAAUACCGAAACAUUACAAUCAAUUGUUGAUGAGAUAGCUUCAAAAAUAAAUGUGGAUUCUUCAAAACAAAAAGUGGAUGCUAUUGCAAAGAUACUCUUUGCCGAUAGUCAUCCAGAUUUUAUUCUCAAAUAUCACGUAAAAGACGAUGACAAAAAGGAACGCAGGAACUUUUUUAUAGAAUUUCUUCUUAAAGCAGGACUGGUGAUUGAAAGAGAAACUUACGACAAUAAGAAUGAAUAUUUAAAAAUUUUUGCGCCAUUCUCUUUGCUUUGUGAACGUGCUCAAGCUAAUAGUACUAUACAAUAUAAUUGGGAUGUCAUGGAAUAUGAACAAGAGACAGAUAAAAAUCCACAAUCGGAAGAAGUUGAACAUUCACAAUGGGUAAAAGAUGGUGUUUUAGUUGAUCCUCCACAAAUAGAAGAUUCCGAAUAUGUAAAAAUUGCUCUAAAAAAAGCGAUUUUAAAAGAAAAAUAUAGGGUUAUUCAAACGAAUUUGGAAAUAAAAAAAGAUAUUCUUGAAAAGGAAGAAAGCGAAAGUGUGAGUCCUCAUCAAAAGGAAGUAAGUGAAGAAGUGAAUCCUCAUAAAAAGCAAGAAAGUGAAGAAACACUUUAA